GUAUUUAUAUGGCGUCCAGCGCCUCCCAUUCGCCAUCGUAAAAGUUUUCUCGCCCUCUCUCUCUCCUAAAUAUUCUCCAGGUACUUCCUCACCGCCUUCGAGAAAAUCAGAGUUCUUGAAGAAUGAAGAAAUCGGGACUCUUGGCGGCCUCUGUGGCUGCAGCUUCUGCUACUGCCAUCUCUGCUUCCCCUUCCUCCAGCGUUGACAUCUGCAACUCUCAGAUUCAGAAUCAUGAGGAGGCUGCAUCGCGCACAAACGAAGAGAAUUCGCCAUCGCAAAAACCAGCUUCGACGGAUAAAUUUGCUCCGAGGUUCGAUGGCUUGAGAUUUAUUGAGACUCUGAUCACUGCUCAUCGAUGAGAUUGAUCUCCAAGGCUCCGCCGUUAAAUUUUUUUUUUUUUUCAUCUUUUUUUGUAAUGCUCUACCAAAAGAAGAACGAUAAAAGAGAAGAUCUUUUUUGGGAGCAAAUAAAUGGCAAGAAUAUCGUAGAGGAGGUGCAGCGAAUCAAAUUUUGUGGAUGAUUUGAUUUUGUUUUCUCAACUGAAAUUUCGUUGCUGGUGAGAAGUCUUUUCUAAUGCGUUUUCUCA